UUUUUCCAGUUUAAAAGUUGUAGCGCGGAGAGUGAACCAACUGCGGAGACAUUUGCGCAUUCAAGUAUUUUCCACAGAUUCGAACAAGAUGAUGGAGUCUUGUUUAGCCGGGAAGCCGGUGAGGAUCGGCCCGGUGGAGGUGAACGACAUCAAGCGAAACCUGCUGGAGGAAUUCUCCGCUCUGCCCAAGCAGGAAGAAGUUCAGAGCCGGUCUGGGAACCUGCAGGUCUACCUGAGAAUUCGACCGCUCACGGGAGCAGAGAGCGGAGAGUCGCAGGACUGCGUGGCCGUCGAGGGUCCUCACACCGUGGUCCUCAAAGUACCCAGGAGCAGGCAGGCUGACAAGGUCCCUCAGACUGCUCAGAGGUUCACCUUCACCCAGGUGUUUGGACCAGACGCCAGUCAGAGGAAAGUGUUUGAGGGGUCUGUUCAUGGUUUGGUGCGAGACGUUCUGCAUGGACAAAACUGCCUGCUGUUCACUUACGGUGUCACCAACGCCGGGAAAACCUUCACCUUCCUUGGUCCGGACCACGACAGCGGCCUGCUGCCGCGCUGUCUGCGGGUGAUCUUCAACAGCACGGAAGGUCGUCUGUGCGCGGGUUGCGAUCUGAAACCUCACCGCUGUCGGGACUUCGUCCGACUGACUCCGAAGCAGCAGAGGGCGGAGAGCGCCGGAAAGACGAGUCUGCUGAGGACUGUCAGAGAGAUUGACAACAAUGCGACUGCCAGAUCAACUUCUCUUGACGCCUCGUCUCUCAGCUCCGACUGCAGCCUUUCUGAGAGCGACCGCUUCAUUCUGGACGUGGCCGGCGACGUUCGCUUCUCUGUUUGGGUUUCCUUUUGCGAGAUUUACAACGACAACAUUCAUGACCUUCUGGAGCAGGUCGCUGGUGGACAAGUGAAGAGGACGGCGCUCCGUCUUUCUCAGGACAUUAAAGGAAAUUCCUUCAUCAGGGACCUGAGGUGGAUCCAGGUGAGCAGCUCAGAGGAGGCCUACAAGGUGGUGAAGAUCGGCAGGAAGAACCAAAGCUCGGCCUCCACCAAGCUCAACCAUCAGUCCAGCAGGAGCCACAGCAUCUUCUCCAUCAGGAUCCUCCGAACGGACGACUCCGCCGCUCCCAGAUUCCUCGGCGUCAGCGAGCUGGCGUUGUGCGACCUGGCCGGCUCGGAGCGCUGCUCGCGCACGCGUAACACGGGAGAGCGCCUGAAGGAGGCGGGAAACAUCAACAGCUCGCUACUCGCUCUCGGGAAGUGCAUCAACGCCAUGAGAGUCAAGCAGAACGCCAAAUUCCAGCAUCACGUUCCCUUCCGGGAGUCCAAGCUGACCCACUUCCUGCAGUUCUUCUUCUGUGGUGCCAGCAAAGUGUCCAUGGUGGUGAACAUCAACCAGAACUCCUCCUGCGUGGACGAGACGCUCAACGUUCUCAAGUUCUCCGCUCUGGCCCAGAAGGUGGUGGUUUUGAGCUCCCAGCCCACCAGCCCGGAAGACGCCUCCCUCAGGUCGGCCACGGAAGUGUCCUUCCUCGUGGACGGGGCCGACCGGCGCGGGAACUUGUUGGCCUGCGGGCGCAAAAGUUCCGCGGUGGCCUGGGAGACCACCCUGGAGGACGUCAUGGAGGAUGAAGAUGAGGAGGAGGAGAGUGGGAUGGAGGAAACGGUGCUCUUGGCAGAAGGAGAGGACGCCAAAGAGAACGAGUCGGAUAGGGAGGUGGCGUACCGUUCGGUUGUGGAGGCCAAAAUCCGAGAAGAAGUCUUCGGGGAGUUCAUGCAAAUCUUUAACAAGAUGGAGCAAGACUACAGCGAGCAUCUGGAGCGGGAACGCCAGAUCCUGGAGGAGCGGGCCGAGGCCAGGCUGGAGAUCCAGAAGAACCUCCUUAUCAAGACUGCCGGCCUGCAGCCCGCCAAGGGAGAGGAGGAGGCGGACCUUGUGGAGGGAAUCAUCCGCACGGUCAGCGAAGACCUGAAGAAGAUCCGAGCCGACGCUCAGAGCGCGCAGCGACAACUGCUGCUGGCCAAUCAGGCUGACCGUACGGCGCACGGGCAGCGGCGCGGCGACGACAAAGAGGAGGAAGGACGACGGACGAGCGCAAAGGACACUUUGACGCCCGCCCGCCCGGAAGAAGGCGACCAGAUGGGCAGGCUCCGGGCGGACAACGCGGAGAAGGACGGCGCCAUCGCCAGGCUGACAGAAGAAGUGCGCCGGCUGACCGAGAAGGAAAGGGCGUGUCCAGCGCGGCUGCGGGAAACUCGUCAACUGGCACAAGACAAGGAAGUUCUCAUCAACAAACUCUCGCAGGUGAGCUCCGUAGAGCUCGAGUUGCAACAGGAGGUGGAGUGCGGCGCCGUCGCCGCCGAGGCCCGCCCGAAUGCCGACGCACCGGAAGCCCAGGAGGACGACGGCGCCGACGUGACCGACCUGCGAGGGGAAUUGCUGGCCGCCGCAGAGAGGUCCGCCCGCAAAUCCAAAGUCAUCCAGGAAGUGAUGCAAGAAAAGAUGCACGGAUAUUGCGACCGGGAGUGUGAGAAGCUCGCUGAGCAAUUGGCCAAUCAGAAAGCAGAAUACUGCCGCCAAAUCGCGCAGCUGAGGGCGGAGCUCGAGUGUCAGCGUUCGGCACUGGAGAAAAAAAUGAAUGACGACCUCCAGCGACAAGAAGAACUCGAGCGUGUGGUGCGUGAGAAGGAGGCGCUGGUGGAGGAGCACAAGAGACAGACGGACGCCCUCAGACGAGAACUGGAGCGUGGCCAGGUGCGACUGCGGGACGGCGGGGGGCGCGUGGAGAAGGCGGCGCCGGAGGAGGAGGAGGAAAUGCGCAGGGGACAGGAAGUGCGCCCGCAGGUCACCGUGACGACGGCGUGCGCUCAACUGCGAGCGUCCCCUUUGAGCGCCGUCCAAGUGGAAGGAAAAAGUGGGGCGAGGAAAAGGAAAAGCUGCCAAGUGCAGGGCUUGUCGUCCAGCGACGACAAGCGGACAAACGUUGGAAACGUCACGCAGGAGGCGUCGCCGUCAGUCCCGAGAGGCGCAGCCAAAGCCAAGAGAGGACGGAGGAAACUUUAUGGGAAGGAAGCAGCCGCUCCGUUCAUCAUCUCGCCGCGCACGACGUGCGCAGUGGCAGAUGGCGACGAAAAGCAAAGUGAUCACAUGAUCAUCAAGCGUCAGCUGCGCUCCAAGACUGGCAGGAAGUGAUGUCAUCAUUUUAAAGGAUUUUUUUUUUUGAAAUGUUUUUGUCCUUGGAAGUUUCUUACUUAAAGGAAUUUGAUGUUUUUCCUUGGAGGAAAUAAAACUGUACAAUUAAAAAAAAAAAAAAAGAUCCAACCUCA